GUAAUAGGAAGCCGUAUAAUGUCCUAUUUUUCGGGUCCGACAAUAUUGCACUUAGUAGCCUCAAACGUGUAAAUGAGUUUCGUAACAGCAAAUACCUCUAUAAAUAAAUCUGCCAUAGAAAAAUACGCUCACACGGAAAGUAUAAACACUCUACAAUGGCCUUUACAACAUCUUCAUGUUGGAGAAUACGAUAUUGGGUUGAUUGUGGCAUUUGGACACCUGAUCAAAGAUGAUCUGCUCAAAAAAUUCCCUCUGGGAAUGGUCAAUGUUCAUCCAAGUCUUCUGCCUCGCUGGAGAGGAGCCGCACCUAUUAUUUAUACUCUUCUACAUGGUGACCAAUUUACUGGUGUCACACUUAUGAAAAUCAAACCAAAUAUUUUUGAUGUUGGUGAAAUAAUAAGUCAACUGAAAGUAACAGUUUCAAAUGAUAUUAAAUUGCCUGAGUUGACAGAGGAAUUGUCUACAAUUGGUGCUGACAUGCUUGUUGAUUGCUUAAGACAUUUGCCUUAUAGCUUACAGAAUGCCCAGCCUCAAAGCAAUGAAGGAGUAACAUAUGCAAAGAAAAUUAAUAAAAGUAUAAGUGAAGUUAAAUGGUCGGAAAUGAGCGCUAUUCAAGUGUACAAUUUAUAUAGAGCUAUAUAUGGUCUGUAUUCUCUCAAAACAAAGUUCAGAGACAAAGAGAUGAAACUAUUCAAUGCAUUUCUAGACAAUGGUAAUGAAAUUGAACCAAAUAGUCCUCCUGGUACUAUCCAGUAUUGUGAAAGGACUAAGUCAUUAAGGAUACUAUGUAAGGAUAACAGAUAUAUAAAUUUUAAAUCUAUUAGAAUAGUAGGAAAAAAAGAAAUCACUGCAUUAGAUUUUUAUAAUGGCUAU